AUGUCGGAGACCUUCAAAGUGUGCUUCUGUUGUAGCAGAAGCUUCAAGGAGAAAACGAGGCAGCCGCCAGGGAGCAUCAAGAGACUCUUCGAAGCUUACUCAAGAAACGGCAAGAUGUCUUCCGACGACCUUCUAAGGUUCGUGAGUCAAGUCCAAGGCGAAGUGCACGCAGGGAUGGACUACGUGCAGGAUAUCUUGCACAGCGUUAAACACCACAACGUUUUUCACAUCCAUGGACUUAUUCAUCUCAACGCCUUCUAUCGCUACCUCUUCAGCGAUGCAAACUCUCCUCUUCCCUUGUCUGGCCAGGUGCAUCAUGAUAUGAAGGCGCCGUUGUCGCAUUACUUUGUGUACACGGGACACAACUCUUACUUGACUGGGAACCAAGUGAACAGCAGAAGCAGCGUAGAGCCGAUCGUGCAGGCUCUGAGAACAGGCGUAAAAGUGAUCGAGCUCGAUUUAUGGCCUAACCCUUCAGGGAACGCCGCUGAAGUUCGUCAUGGCGGGACAUUUACAUCGCAUGAAGAUUUGCAGAAAUGUCUCAACGCCAUAAAGGAUAACGCUUUCCAUGUGUCUGAUUAUCCGGUCAUGAUCACUCUCGAAGAUCAUUUGCCACCCAAUCUUCAAGGGCAAGUUGCUAAGAUGUUAAGUAAGACAUUCAGAGGGAUGCUGUUUCGUAGUGGCUCAGAGAGUUGUAAGCAUUUACCAUCACCAGAAGAACUUGAGAGGAAGAUUCUGAUUUCUACAAAGCCUCCAAAGGAGUAUCUUGAGAGCCAAGGUGUUCAGACCUCGAGAACCCCAAUGGAUGAAGACGCUUCGUGGAGCAGACUCGCAAGUGGUACCAACUUGGCAUGGAGAGGAGAAAACAAGAAUCCUGAAGAAGAAGAAGAAGAGAGUGAAGCUGUUGGAUAUAGAGACUUGAUCGCGGUUCAGGCUGGGAACUGCAAAAAUAGUUUGAAGGAUUGCUUGAGUGAUGAUCCAGAGAAGCCUCGAAGGAUAAGCAUGAAUGAGCAGUGGCUAGAGACUAUGGUUAGAACCAGAGGAACAGAGGUGGUAAGGUUUACACAGAGGAAUCUUGUGAGGAUAUACCCAAAGAGUACAAGAGUGGACUCAUCAAACUUCGAUCCUCUUGUUGCAUGGACGCACGGUGCCCAAAUGGUUGCCUUUAACAUGCAAGGUCAUGGGAAGCAACUGUGGAUAAUGCAAGGAAUGUUCAGAGGCAACGGAGGGUGUGGCUACGUUAAGAAGCCUCGCAUUUUGCUUGACACGCAGACAAUCUUUGACCCCUGCAAAAGGCUUCCAAUAAAGACCACUCUUAAGGUGAACAUCUACACAGGCCAAGGCUGGGAUUUAGAUUUCCCUCAAACCCACUUCGAUCAGUACUCUCCUCCAGAUUUCUUCGUUAAGAUUGGAAUUGCAGGAGUUCCCAGGGACACGGUCUCUUACAGAACCCAAACAGCGGUUGAUCAGUGGUUUCCUAUAUGGAAGGACGAGUUCCUGUUUCAGCUCUCUGUUCCAGAAUUGGCACUUUUGUGGUUCAGAGUCCAAGAUUACGACAACGACACCCAGAAUGAUUUCGCCGGACAGACAUGUCUUCCUCUGCCGGAACUGAAGUCCGGAGUUAGAGCCGUCCGGCUUCAUGAUCGAGCAGGAAAGGCUUACAAGAACGCGAGGCUUCUCGUCAGCUUCUCCUUUGAUCCUCCUUAUACGUUUCACAUCUCCUGA